GCGUGAUGUAAUUUGUUAGGCUAGACAGGAAGCAAAGUUUAUUGUUGUGGUUUGCUUUCUCUUCUAUUUUCGGCGCGUUUUGAUCUCGAUGUUGAGAUGACUGCAGCUCAGCGUCGAAAUGUGCCACUCGACAAGGUCAAUCUGCGGCUCAUCUUGGUGAGUGGCAAUCGUGCCGACUUCCUCGUAUCACCCGGCGAUUCCGUGACGUCUGUCGUCAGGCAGGUGUUUGAAAACUGGCCGAAGGAAUGGUCCAGCGAAACAAAAGUCAACAUUCCCGAUAGUCUAAGAUUGAUCUACUUGGGCCGUUUUCUAAAAGGAUCGUUGACAUUAUCAGCUCUAAAUUUACCGCUGGGCAAGACUACAGUUAUGCAUUUGAUUGUUCGAGAACACGUUCCCGGGGAGGCAUCAUCUAAUGGUACGACCGAGAGGAGCAAAGACCGACAGGAAGGCAGCACUUGUGACUGCUGUGUUAUACUCUGACAAAUUGUCGAUAGAUUUUGAAAUUUAAAUAUUUUAUAAUAUUCGUAUAAUUUUAAUUGGUAUAUCCGACAUGCUAGAAAUUUCAGAAUUAAGUUUAUGUAGUCACGUUGUAGUAACAAUUGUUGAUUUGUCACAAAGUCGUAGUAUUUAAUUAAACAGUACAUCCGGGA